AUGUCCAAAUCAACGGGGGGUGGCGUCAACGAUGUCACCCGCUUUCUUACAUCGGGGACGGCGCCGGGGUCUCCUACCUCCAACCCCUCAUUCACUUCUUCCAGCCAGGCCGACUGGGCGGCCAAGAGGCUGGUGUGGGUGCCAUCAGAGAAGCAUGGGUUUGAAUCGGCCAGUAUUCGGGAGGAGCGCGGCGACGAGGUGGAGGUGGAGCUCACAGACAGCCAGCGGAAGUUGACUCUGUCCAGAGAGGAGGUGCAGCGGAUGAACCCUCCUCGCUUCAGUAAAGUGGAGGACAUGGCCGACCUCACCUGCCUGAACGAAGCCUCAGUGCUGCACAACAUCAGAGACAGAUACUACUCUGGUUUGAUUUAUACUUAUUCAGGCUUGUUCUGCGUGGUGGUGAACCCUUACAAGAACCUGCCCGUCUACACAGAAUCCAUCGUGGAGAUGUACCGUGGUAAAAAACGCCACGAGAUGCCCCCGCACAUCUAUGCCAUAUCAGAGGCCGCCUAUCGCAGCAUGCUACAAGACAGGGAAGAUCAGUCGAUCCUCUGCACAGGCGAAUCUGGAGCUGGGAAAACAGAGAACACGAAGAAAGUCAUCCAGUAUUUGGCUCACGUUGCCUCCUCCCAUAAGGGUGGCGCUAGGAACAAGGAAGCCAUGCAGAGUUUACAAUAUGGCGAGCUGGAGAGACAACUGCUGCAGGCCAACCCCAUACUGGAGGCCUUCGGCAAUGCAAAGACUGUCAAGAAUGACAACUCUUCUAGAUUUGGUAAAUUCAUCCGCAUUAACUUUGAUGUGGCAGGCUACAUCGUUGGUGCCAACAUUGAAACCUACCUCCUUGAAAAGUCUCGGGCCACUCGUCAGGCCAAAGACGAACGGACAUUCCACAUCUUUUACCAGAUGUUGUGUGGAGCUUCAGAACAAACAAGAGCGGACCUGCUCUUGGGAACUGCUGACGAAUACCGUUAUCUCAGUGGAGGUUCCAUCCCAGUUGCAGGGCAGAGCGAUUCAGACAACUUCACUCAGACCAUGGACUCUAUGGCGAUUAUGGGCUUCACCCCAGAAGAAUCAAUAUCCAUGCUGAAGGUGAUCUCCUCUGUGCUCCAGUUUGGGAAUAUUAGCUUCAUGAAGGAGAAGCACCAUGACCAGGCCUCUAUGCCUGAUAACACAGCUGCUCAGAAACUGUGCCACCUGCUGGGCAUCAAUGUGCUAGAGUUCACUCGUGCCAUACUCACGCCUAGGAUCAAAGUUGGCCGAGAGUAUGUGCAGAAGGCCCAGACGAAAGAACAGGCUGACUUUGCUAUAGAGGCCUUGUCGAAAGCCUCGUAUGAGCGUCUGUUCAGAUGGCUGGUGCACAGGAUCAACAGAGCUCUGGACCGCAGGCAGAGACAGGGAGCCUCCUUCAUAGGGAUCCUGGAUAUUGCUGGAUUUGAGAUCUUCCAGCUGAACUCCUUUGAGCAGUUGUGCAUUAACUUCACCAACGAGAAGCUGCAGCAGCUCUUCAACCACACCAUGUUCAUCCUGGAGCAGGAGGAGUACCAGCGGGAGGGCAUUGAGUGGAACUUCAUUGACUUUGGCCUGGACUUACAGCCCUGCAUUGACCUCAUUGAGAGACCGGCCCACCCACCCGGUGUUCUGGCCCUGCUGGAUGAAGAGUGUUGGUUCCCUCGGGCGACAGACCGCUCAUUUGUGGAGAAGCUGUCUGCCGAGCAAGGCACCCACCCAAAGUUCUUCAAACCAAAGCAGCCACGUGUGGAAGCUGACUUCUCCAUCAUUCACUAUGCUGGAAAGGUGAACUAUAAGGCAGAUGAUUGGUUAGUGAAGAACAUGGAUCCUCUGAACGACAACGUGGCAUCCCUACUUCACCAGUCUUCCGAUACUUUUAUCUCAGAACUCUGGAAGGAGGUGGACCGGAUCAUAGGUCUGGACCAGGUGUCGACAGGAGAGAGCAGCGGGCCGGUCUCAUUCGGAGCUGCGGGACUGAAGACGAAGAAGGGAAUGUUUAGGACUGUCGGUCAGCUUUACAAGGAGUCUCUCACCAAGUUGAUGGCCACACUGAGGAACACCAACCCCAACUUCCUCCGCUGCAUCAUCCCCAACCACGAGAAAAAGUCUGGUAAGCUGUCUCCCCAUUUGGUUUUGGACCAGCUGAGGUGUAAUGGAGUUCUGGAGGGGAUCCGAAUCUGCAGACAAGGCUUCCCUAACCGCAUCCCAUUCCAGGAGUUCAGACAGAGAUAUGAGAUCCUGACUCCUAAUGCUAUCCCUCGCACCUUCAUGGAUGGUAAACAGGCAUCAGAACUCAUGAUCAGGGCUCUGGAGCUCGAUCACAACCUGUUUAGGGUGGGUCAGAGUAAAGUCUUCUUCAGAGCUGGAGUCCUGGGUCAUCUGGAAGAGGAAAGAGACCUAAAGAUCACUGACACCAUCAUACGCUUCCAGAGCGCUUCCAGAGGCUACCUCGCACGCAAAGCCUUUUCUAAGAAGCAGCAGCAGCUAAGCGCUAUGAGAGUGAUGCAGAGGAACUGUGCUGCCUACCUCAAACUCAGGAACUGGCAGUGGUGGCGGCUGUUCACUAAGGUGAAGCCCCUGCUGCAGGUUACCCGGCAGGAUGAGGAGAUCCAGGUAAGGGAAACUGAGCUCCAGAAGGCAAAGGACAACCUCACCCGAGUGGAGCUGGACUACACUGAGCUGGACAAGAAACACCUUCAGCUGGUGGAGGAGAAGUCAGUGCUAGCUGAUCAGCUGCAGGCAGAAGCAGAGCUGUUUGCAGAGGCAGAGGAGAUGAGAGCCAGGCUUGCCAGUCGGAAACAGGAGCUGGAGGAGGUACUCGGUGAGCUUGAGAGUCGACUGGAGGAGGAGGAGGAGAGGGGCUCGCAGCUGACCAAUGAGAAGAAGAAGAUGCAGCAGAAUAUACAGGACCUGGAGGAGCAGUUAGAGGAGGAGGAAAGUGCCCGACAGCGCCUCCUGCUGGAGAAAGUUACCUUGGAGACUAAAGUGAAAAGUCUGGAGACUGACCUGCUGGGUACUGUGGAGCAGAGAGACCGACUGAGCAAGGAGAAGAAACAGUUUGAGGAGCGUCUAAGUGAGGUCACUGACCAGGUCACUGAGGAAGAGGAGAAAACCAAGAGUCUGAACAAACUCAAGAACAAACAGGAGGCUGUGAUCGCCGACUUAGAGGAGCGCCUUAAGCGCGAGGAGCAGGGUCGCUUGGAGCAGGAGAAAUGGAAGAGGAGGAUGGAGAAUGAAACCGUGGAAACCCAGGAGCAGCUGUCGGACCUGGGCAUGCUGUCCGCUGAGCUGAAGGGUAGUCUGUCGCAGAAGGAGAAGGAAAUCACCACCUUACAGGGCCGGUUGGAGGAAGAGGGUGCUCGUCGUUCUGAAGCGCAGAGGGCACUGAGGGAAGCCACGUCCCAGGUGUCAGAGCUAAAGGAGGAAGUGGAGAAUGAGCGAGGGAUGAGGGAAAGGGCAGAGAAGCAGAGGCGAGACCUGGGGGAGGAGUUGGAGGCUUUGAGAACUGAGCUGGAGGACACUUUGGACACCACAGCUGCCCAGCAAGAGCUCAGGUCUCGUCGAGAGGCAGAGUUAAAUGACCUCCAGCGAUGUAUUGAAGACGAGACUCGUCGCCACGAGGGCCAGCUCUCAGAGCUCAGGGUCAAGCAUAGCGCUGCCAUAGACAACCUCCAGGAGCAGCUGGAUAACAGCAAGAGGUCGCGUCAGUCCCUGGAGAAGGCCAAGGUGGGGCUGGAGGAGGAGAGGCAGAAUAUUUCCGCCGAGCUGAAGAGUCUCCAAGCGAGCCGCACAGAGAGCGAGAGAGGUCGUAAGAGGGCGGACGGUCAGCUGCAGGAGCUCGGAGCCCGCCUGACCCAGGCUGACAGAGAGAGGGAGGAGAGGGAGGAGCGGCUGCACAAACUACAGUGUGAGAUUGAGACUCUCGCCGGUGGUUUGUCUUCUUCUGACAGCAAAUCCCUUCGGCUUGCGAAAGAGGUCAGCAGCCUGGAGAGUCAGCUGAAUGAUGCAAAGGAAGUGCUGCAGGAUGAAUCACGUCAAAAGAUGGCUCUCGCCUCCAGGGUGCGAGCACUGGAGGAGGAGAAGAACGGACUGAUGGAGAGACUUGAGGAGGGAGAAAAGGCCAAAGAGUUGACCCGACAGAUCCAGACUCACCUCCCGCAGCUGGCAGAGGUUCGUAAGCAGUCGGAGGAGGUGAACAAUGCAGUCGAAGUCGGAGAGGAGACACGCAGAAAACUUCAGAGGGAGCUGGACGGCACUGUCCAGAGAGAGCGCCAGAAAGAAGAGGAGAAAGAGAGAGUGGAGAGGCAGAGGGAGCGUCUCAGGGAGGAGAUAGAGGACAUGACGCUGGCCUUGCAGAAGGAGAGGACGAACUGCACGGGCCUGGAGAAGAGGCAGAAAAAGUUUGACCAGUGUCUGGCUGAGGAGAAGGCGGUGAGUGCUCGGCUUGCAGAGGAGAAGGACAGAGCUGAAGCAGACAGCCGAGAGAAGGACACGAGAUAUCUGGCGCUGUCCCGGGCCCUGCAGGAGGCCCAGGACCAGAGGGAGGAGCUAGAGAGGUCCAACAAGCAGCUCCGUUCAGAAAUGGAGCAGCUUGUCAAUCAGCAGGAUGAUGUCGGCAAGAGCGUUCAUGAGCUUGAGCGGAGCCGGAGGACCUUAGAAACAGAAGCCACGAACCUGCGAGUUCAGACACAGGAGCUGGAGGAGGAGCUGACGGAGGCGGAGAACUCGAGGCUGAGGCUGGAUGUCACCUUACAGGCGCUCAAAGCUCAGUUUGAGAGGGAGAUCAGCACCAACGAGGAGAAGGGAGAGGAGAAGAGAAGGGCACUGAGCAAACAGGUGAGGGAGCUGGAGAUCCAGCUGGAGGAGGAGAGGACUCAACGCUCUCAGGCUGUGUCCUCCAAGAAGCAGCUGGAAGCAGAGCUGCAGGAAUCCGAGGCCCAAGUGGAGACAUCCAGCCGUGGCAAAGAGGAUGCUAUGAAGCAGCUACGGAGGCUGCAGGGUCAAAUGAAAGAAGUUCUGCGUGAGCUGGAUGAGACCAAGUUGACUCGGGAGGAGGUGAUCACCCAGUUUAAAGACAGCGAGAAGAAAAUCCAAACCCUUGAGGCAGAUGUCCUGCAAUUCUCAGAGGAACUGGCUGUAUCAGAGAGACAGAAGAGACAGGCUCAGCAGGAAAGAGACGAGGUUGCUGACGAGAUGGUCAACAGCAGCUCUGGAAAAACUGCGUUGUUUGACGAGAAGCGGAGGUUAGAGGCUCGGGUCAAUCAGCUGGAGGAGGAGCUGGAGGAGGAGCAGACUAACGCUGAACUGUUGGCAGAGAGACAAAGGAAGAUGACUCUGCAGGUGGAGACUAUGACGGUGCAGCUGCAGGGAGAGAGGACUUUGGCCCAGAAGGCGGAGUCUGGCCGGGAGCAGCUGGAGAGGCAUAACAAGGAGCUGAAGUCCCGGCUUGGGGAGAUGGAAGGAGCAGUGAGGGGCAAACACAAGCUCAGUGUCGCCGCCCUUGAGGCCAAGAUCGAGGCAAUGGAGGAGCAAGUGGAACAGGAGAGACAGGAACGAGCCAUUGCCAGCAAACUGGUGCGAAAGACAGAGAAGAAACUGAAGGAGGUGAUGAUGCAGGCAGAUGAAGAGAGGAGACAUGCAGACCAGUACAGAGAACAGCUGGAUAAGUCCAUGGUCCGACUGAAGCAGCUGAAGAGGCAGCUCGAGGAGGUGGAGGAGGAGAACUCUCGCUCCAACGCCCAGAAGAGGAAGCUGCAGAGAGAAAUGGAGGAGCUCACUGACAACUGUCAGACCAUGAUGCGAGAGAUCACCUCGCUCCGCAGCCAGCUCAGCAUCCCUGAAUGGAGACCAGAAAUGCGUGUUCCGUUGAACCUGGCGAUGCGUGGACGCAGAGCGUUGGUCGAUGACCUCUCAUACGAGAACUCUGACUCAGAAGAGCCUCCAUCCUCUCCGACGCCCUCCUCUGGACUCCCGGGAACCCCAACUCCCUCCUCUGAACACAGUCUGGACCCUCCACCACCGUAUAGUGUCAACAACACAGAGUGAUGGACACGUAGACUCAGUCACACACAUAAAACGUAAACACGUGCACAAACACACACACACACACACACACAAACAUAUAGUCUGAACUACUCGGGGGUGAAGAAGUGACACACACACACUACAUAACAACACUAGUUUAUAAAAAGAAAUGGUAAGAAAGAAACAGAAAGACAUAUAAGAUGUAUAAAAUGUAUACGUCAGACGCUUUAACUAUAAAACAACCUGAUAUGUUAAGUACAGAAAAUGAUGUAAAAUUUAGAAUUUACAAAGGGGCAACUGGAAAUGAUUUUUGUUUUAUAACUAACUGUGACCUAAACAAAGCGACAUAACAGAGACUUGAAAUUUCUACCUUACAUUGCAUCUCUGUAAUGCGCUUUUAAGAAACUAAACUCCAUCUCCCAGGGUUCCAAAGGGGAAAGUGAAUUGUUACCAGCUGAUUUCACGAUGCUGUACAAUGCUCAGAGAGCAGAAAACAUUAUGGUGUUCAUGUCUUUUACAUUAGGAGGUAUUUCAAACCUAAGCCAUGUUUAACCCGUUGAUAAGGAUUGAAUAAAUAUACAAUCUGGUUUCACAAAGGGCUGCUGGAGGUUGAAAAUACUUCUGAGAGGUGUUAAGACAAUCUAUAUUAAUGUUGCAUAGAAAAGCCAAUAAGAGGAAAUCAAAUGCGGACAUGGAAAAGAGAGUUUUCACUUUCUUUAUGAGCGUGUGUUUCGUGCAGAUGGGAUGGGAUUUUUGACAUUUUUUUAUCUGGAAAACAGAAAGAAAAAAACAGUGAGGGACAGAAAACAGUAUUUAAUCAAAUUUAGUUCAGUAACAUAUUGAUCUCAUUUCCAUGUCACAGGUCAGUUUUAGCUCAUUUGACCAUAAAAAGCAGUCUAUUGUACAUGCAGUCACACUAAAGGUGGGAUUAAAUGAUAAAACCUUUUUCUAUAGAUUAGAAUGAGUAUGUUAGACAAUGCAGUAGUAUUAUUAGAUUGCUUCUUUAACUAGAGUUUUAACAUUGCUUCAGAAAUCUGAAAUUUGUAUAAUUUAUAUGAAAUAUGACCUUAAGUUAUUGAUCACUGGUUGUUUACUGUACGGCUCAGUUUUGUGUCAGAAGUUGCUUUGAUAAUUUCUGCUCCUGCUGGCACUGCAUGUUGGGUCACGUGUGUUACAUGUCAGGCAGGUUUGCGUCGUUUCAUUGAGCGUUACAGGAUCGGGUCUCUUUGCAUGGAUGACCACUGGUUGCUGGUGUAGAAAUCAACAACAGCAACACAACUGCUGCUGUAUUCCUUUGCUUCUAACCAAAGCAACUCAAUACAUCUUUCUUUUUCUUAUUUUAGACUGAUAAAACAUCGCAUUUUAUUUUGACACACAUCUUGUACAUUGUAAUUUUGAUUUUUACGAAUUAACUGUGUAAAUUAUUGAUCAAACAAAGCUUUUCUGUUUAACCAAAUGGUGGGCGUAUGGAUGAGAAAAAGGGACUUAGAGUUGUAGUAACCGUAGACUAGUGGUCAGGUAGAGUAGAUGGGAGGAGUAGAGGCCGGUGAGGUGUUCAGGUCUCAUCCAGUGACUCGGCUGGAGGAGUUCUUCAGUAGAAUAACGUCACACUCUGCUCACAGCUCCUGUUUAGACAAUUGUAGAAAUAAGUGAGCACGAGACUCAAAGCAUUUUCAGAAAGUAGUAUUAGAUAAAAAAGACAAUGGAGGCACUGAGGAGUUCAUGUUUAUAAAGCAAACAGCAAGUAGAACAAAUAGUAGAUUUUUUUUACCCUAGAUAUCGAAAGUCAAAAUGGCAAACAUUCGUGUGCACUAAACACAUGGAGUUUGAUGAUGACCCGGCUGUGAAAAACGGUUUUGAGGUUAAUCCUCUGAAUUUUUAUAUCAUUUAAAAGAUGAAGGUCAUUUUAAUUUAAUUUAGUUUAGUUUGGGACUUUCGUCAGCACCUGUUGCCUGUCACAGCUUUAAGACUGAGGAUGUUCAUGUGGUGUCUGCUAACAGAAAUGUUUUAAAGGAAUAGUUCAACAUUUUGGUAAAUGGGCCUAUUUGUUUCUUUGACUGCUAAAUGUGAAGAUUCAUUUACACCUUUAUGUGCUGCUCGAUUUCUUACCCAGGCGUUGUAAGCACAGGUUAAACUGCUGCAGGUUAAAAAAUAGUCGGACACCUGAUUCCCCGUCCAACAGCUUCGGACGUUUUCCCCACGAUGUUGACCUGUUCCUUUGAUGAAUUGAGACAUGCUGCUUAAAUUAGAAAGAAUGUCCCUGGCGCUUUAACUCAUAAUUGGAACUAAAUAAGGAUUGUGUAGCUAAACUCUUACAUAUUAUGUUCCUGGAAUUUCUCGAAUGUUGUUUUUCUAGAUUUAUGUUGAUACUUUAUGGCAAAGGGUUAAUGAUCCAGCUGGUGUUUACGGUUGAUGACACACAGGACCAGUACAGUACAGUUCUCUGUUAUCAGGGUUGUUCUGAUUGCCCCUUUCUCUUCUUCCUUCUGUUUAAUUAACAGGUUUUUUUAUUGCACUGAGAAAACAAGACCACUAAGUGUGUGCACUACUCUGCAGGCCUGACGUCCCAUGUGUAUCAUAGCUUUUGCCACCAUAAUGCACAGUUAGUGACGGUGGAGGAAAGAUCCGACCAGUCGGGUCGAGAAAGAGUUUGACUACUGUGGACAUAUAUUUAACACCCUACCAAAGGGUUAAAUAUUUUUAUUUUCUGUAUGUACAUUUGUUUUAUUUUACUAAUAUGCAAAUGGUUUUGUUGGAAGCUGUGUUUUUUUUAAAGAUUUUGUGUAAAUGCUGCACUUUACACACUUACCAGUGAGGACAAACACAGUCGUGCUUUGUCAGGUUAUAAUUUAUCCCAAGGAGGCUGACACAGCAUUAAGCCAAAUGAGCUGAUAUUUUGUCGCUCUGUACGAUUCUCCUAAAUGUUCUGAUCUCAAAAUGUCAUAUCAUCGUCUAAGCGUCACGCCCUGAUCGACCAAAAUCUGAAGAGGCGUGGAGUGACCCGCUGGAACGAGAACAGAUCGCUUCUGUUCACCUGUAGCAAGAGACGAGGCUGGUGCUUCUCUGAGGUGUUAUUUUCCUCUCCGUGUUUGUUUAUGGCUACUCUGGAACUUGAAACAUUUUUGGAAACAUGUUUUUUGUUUUAGCCUUUUUUUGUUUGUUAAUGAUGCUGUAAUUAUAAAACAUUUGACUGGGGUUAACUUUAA